GUGGUUAGGCUCGUGACGGAGAGGUGGUCGCCGCACUUUUCUCCAGGCAGCGGGGCGCUGGCCAGCCUCUCGCAAGCACACACACACAGGCACGUCGCACACGCAGACCGCCACGGGUGUCGGCCUACAGCUGAAGACGUGGACACGGCGACGAUGAACGUGGCGCGACGCUGGCCGCAACGCCGGGAGCCAGCUGUCCGGAGGUGCUGCGCGCUCGGGUUCCGUUAGGCCGCGGUCCGCACUGGACACAGACUCUCGUUCACGACGCUCCGCGAUUCUUUUCCCAUCUGUACUUCCCGACGCUCAAUUAAAACUCACCGUGUGCCAUACGCCGCCCAAAGAAGAGCUAGUGCCUCUGCCAAAGUCGACGUGAACAAGUAAUCGACGAGGGAAGUGCCACAAUCGUUGCCGACAGCCAUUUUGAGCGAUCGUUUUGCCGUCGCUGUGGUACCGUGCGUGUGAACCAAACAGAUAAAUAUUUCGUGAGUUCUACAAAGACGACACACGGAGGUCUGCAGGAAGCAAGAAACUGGAUACUGCGAGUUGAAGUUACCAUCACCUGAACUUGUGACGUGGAAGUGAGCGGUGUGCAUUUUCGACAUAACUACAGUGCCAAAAUCGCAAGUGUUAUUUUAUUUUACUGUUUUUAAGACCAGCAUUCGUAUAAACUACAGAAUUAUUGAUCAGUAAGUGUAGAUUCAUUCGGCUAUACAGUAAUCCAGGAGUGGGGUCAAGGUUAAGUACCAUCUUUGCUGACGUCAUAUGAGAAGAAAGAUCCACAGGCUUCGAAGGUCGCUGGUCGUCAUACCAGAACAGCCGCAGGAACUAUAAUUUACCUCACUGUACAGCCAGAUUCUCAAUAGAGACGUACAGACUGUGUGUGUUGACCUUUGAAAAGUUGAAUUAGUUGUAUUGUGUAUAGUGUUUGACUUAUUUCCGUUGGUUCUGUAAUUGGAUUCGGAACAAGAGCGACGUUGGAAUAUUGGGAACGGAACGGAGGAACAGCGGCAGAUCCGUUGGAAAGCUUACUCGAAAUUUUUCCGAAGUGGGCCUGCAGUUGUGGAUGUUCAAAGAAUAGGUUACAACAAGCAGAUUUAUUAACCCAAGAAUCAGCCUUUGUGGCUUUGCGUAGUGUGUCGCUGUACGUUACGGCAGAAUAGUGGAUCUGUGUCGCCGAGGCCGAUGCGUAUCGAGUGACAAGUGACCGACGAGCAGAAGCAACAGAGAUGGCCAACUCGAGGGGCGGGGACGACCCGGAGUCGACGCCGAUCUGCCGCUGCCGCGUGCUCUACCUGGGCUCUGCCGUGCCGCACGUGACCAAGGAUGGCCUGCAAGGCAUCCAGGAGCCGCUGCGGGAGCUCUACCCCGAGCAGGGGGCGCUGGGCGCGCGCGGAAUCGACUCGUGGCUCAGCGUCUGGAGCAACGGCCUGCUGCUCGAGAACGUCGACGAGAACCACAAGAAGGUGACUCGCUUCUUCCCCAUCGACUCGCUGCACUACUGCGCCGCCGUGCGCUACGUGCUGGUGCCCGAGCGCGCGGGGGCGGCGCUGGGGGCCGGCGGGGGCGGCGGCACCCUGCUGUCGACCAGCAGCAGCUCCGGGGGCGGGCCCAGCCCGCGCUUCCUGCCGCUCGACUCGCCCUUCGCGCGCACCCCCAACCCCAGCCACCCGCCACUCUUCGCCGCCAUAUUGCGCCGUACCACGGGCAUCAAGGUGCUGGAGUGCCAUGCGUUCAUCUGCAAGCGCGAGAUGGCGGCGAACGCGCUGGUACGGUGCUGCUUCCACGCUUACGCCGACUCGUCGUACGCGCGGCACAUCGACGGGUCCGGCGGCGGCAGCGCGUACGGCACGCUGCGCUCCACUCAGGGCGGAGACUCUGGUCCUGGGGGCGGCGGGGGCGGCGCCGGCAACAGCGACUCGUGGCGACGCAGCACCCUGUCUCUGAACCACCACUCAAGCGCGGGGGCGGGCGGCACGCUCACCUCCAACGCCUCCGCCGCCAGCGCGCUCUCCGGGGCCACCGAUGACGUCAGCAUCUACAACGGCGACGAGAACCACAAGGUGUGGGUGGGCAGCGGGACGCUGGAGCGCGAGGAGGUGUACGGCGGUGGUUCGUCGACGGUGCGCAGUUCGCGGUCGCAGCGGCCGCGACAGGUGGUCGCGCCGGUCAACGCGCCGCCCCCGCCGCCCACGCCCAAAGAGGAGAAGGCCAGCAAGAAGGCCGCCGCCAACACCAAGGAGCGGAAUCGCCGCAAGAAGCUGCUCGGUGGCAGCGUGGACAACCUGAUGUUGCUGAACGGCAUGAGCGGGGGCGGAUCGCUGCUGCGGCCGCACAGCUCGAUGAGCGGCGGCGCGCACCACCACCACCACCACCACCACCACCACCACCAGAGCCAGCACCGGUUCGCCAACGGGAGCGGCUCGCUGCUGCGGCACGCCAACGGCUACCACCAGCCGCACCCGCACCACUACGCGCCCGCGGGCCCGCCGCCGCCGGGCCCGCCGCUGGUGCUGGCGACGCUGCCCGGCCGGCCGAAGCAGGCCAAGGCGAAGGCGGGCGGCGGCAAGGUGGUGCUGCAGCCGGUGCCGCUGCUGGCGCCGGUGGCGGCGCCGCACCCCCCGGGCACCGGCCGCCGCCGCCACGCGCCCCCGCCCGUCGUGCUGCCCGUCGAGGAGCCCGUGUACAUGCCGUCGGCUCGGCCCAUGAGCCCCGUCGCCUCCUUCCAGCCGGCGCACUUCCCGCACGAGGCGUACCUCAUGCAGCAGUACGCCACCGUCGAGCACCCGGGCCGGCACGCCAAGAAGAAGGCGGCCAAGCACAAGGGCGCGGGGCCCGUGCUGGCGCCGCCGCCCGCCGUCCUGCCCGUCCCCGUGCCGGUGCCCGUGCAGCCGCCGCCCCCGCAUGUGCUCGUCAACGGCGGAGGGGGAUCGAGACGAGCGCGCGCCCUUUGACUGUGCGCCGACAGUGGAGGGAGGCGGGCGUGGUCCACGCACGCCCCUCAAUAUGGCCAGUGGUGACGUCACGUCCGAGCGCCCUGCAGGUGCCUCGGAUGUCGUCUGAGGUCGAAACCCCGGCACGGAGCUCGGCCGCUGACUGGAAUGGCAACGCUCAAGUAGUUAUUACACUUACACCUGGACUGUGGCAGGAAACUGUGUUCAUUAUAUUCAUAAUACCAUAUUAUACACCUCCUCGUGGUAACUGUUCUCACAAGCCGUGAAGCUGUGUACUCAACUUAUUCAAUCUAAUUAAUUUAUGUAUUGUAAUGUACCAUAUGUAAUCACGAAAUAAACGGAGACAAUUAUGUUAUUUAAA